UUCAAUUGGCAAUGAGGAUAUAGUCAUAUAGAUAUAUCUGUUUCGUCCGUUUGUGUCUGUUUACAGUCAAACUUAUACUUGUCUCAAAGACUAUAUAGAUGCCUGUGCAAAUAAAACAACAGAAAAUGUUUCUUGAUUUAAGCGUAGAGCUGUUUUAAACGACGAGUUGUUUAGUGUUUAUUGACAGCUAAAAAAACGAUUCACUCAGGUAUACAUUACGUACAGUUUUCGCCUUAUAUUUAUACGGCUGGUCACGAAGUAUAGACUGACAAUAUAUGCCUCUUUGGCUCACCCCUGAACUCAUAGUCAUUCUGGAUGGCUUUCCUUCUCUGUUCGCAGUGUUUAGCAAAGCACUAUACGAGGAAGAGGAACGGCUUAUUAAUAUGCUAUUGCAAAAGGCAACGCAUCCUGAUGUUUUGCCGAUGACGGACGGUCCAGUGAAGGUCAAGUUUGGCUUAACAUUGAAUCAAAUCGUUGAUGUGAACGAGAAACAACAGAUUCUGACCACAAGUAUGUUUGUGAGACAGUCUUGGAACAACCCGAGUUUAUCCUGGAAUCCUGCGGAGUUUAUGAACAUAACUUAUAUUAAUAUUCUGCCUUCUCGCGUAUGGAAACCAGACGUCGUGUUGUACGACAGUGUUUCCAGCUCAAGAAGUGGUGGUCAUCUAGAUGUAGGCACCACAAGAAUCAUCGUAAACUCCUCUGGUCAUAAUCAAUGGUAUUCGCCCAUAAACUUUGAAAGUCAUUGCAAAAUCGACGUAAGAAACUUUCCCUUCGAUCAGCAAGCCUGCGUCGUGAAGUUAGGAUCUUGGACUUACGAUGGCACCAGACUUGACAUCACUCCAGAAGCACCUACUGCAGAUUUGGGGUCCUUCAAGGCAAGUGCUGAGUGGUGUGUGAUGGAAUUUCCAGUCAAAAAGAACGUCCUGUUUUACGCGUGUUGCGAAGAGCCCUAUGUUGAUCUCACUUACACCUUAAGAAUCGAGAGAAAACCGCUGUCCUAUGUGUUCAAUUUAAUAUUACCCUGCAUUUGUAUCACAAUUCUAACGGUUCUGUCAUUCUGUCUUCCCCCUGAAUCAGGUGAACGAGUUUCAUUAUCAAUAACCAUCAUUUUGGCGAUGACCGUUUUCAUGUUUAUCGUCGCCGACAAAGUUCCUCCCAAUUCCGACUCCAUUCCAUUGCUUGGCAUAUUCUAUUUCGCGUGUAUGGUUGAAGAAACCUUGGGUCUGAUUGCUGUGUGUUACACGCUCAAUUUGUACUACACCGAUCCCCAUUGGUACAAGAUGUCCCCAUGGGUCCGCUGGCUGAUCGCUGAUUGGGCGAAGAAACUGCUCGGAAUAAAGGUGAAUCUCCCACGACGAAAAUCUACCGUUAUCCAGAGCACCCACCAAAAUGUUUUGGAAAAAGCGUCGCUUGCCACGAGUGCGCAUGGCACAACCUCAUCAUUUCCAGCCAAUGACAUCGACGUGAUCACAAUCGCCCAGCACAGUCACAUGGGUAGCAAGAGGAGGUCGAAUAUCUCGAGGGGAGAAGCCCCCCCGGGACAGGUGCAGACACGUGAUGGCUCGGCUGAUUACUGGAGAUUGGCGGCAAUGAUUGCGGAUCGUAUUAUGUUCGUUGUCUUCCUCAUUGCAGUGUCUGUAACUUUUAUUGUUGUCCUGGCAACCGUCUCUCAGGAAUGCAAGAACUAAUGAGGGUUCCUCUCAAAAACUUUAAAAGCAAUGCACUUUAUAACUCUAGCCUCUUAUACAUUUAGAACAACGUUGAAAGCACAAACCUUGAUGAUAGGAUACUUGAACUUGAACUUCGUCAAGUUCGUCAAUGAAAUGGACUUCUCAAUGGAACUUUUUUUUUAAAUGCGACGAUUUUUAGGUUAAUAAUUUUCCUCAGGAAAAUAUCAAUUUUGAUUUUUAUUGGGGCGGCUAUCCUGCGUAAACCACUCAGAUUGUAACAACUGACUAUUCUGGGAUAAUUGGGAGGAAAUGCGAUUCAAACUUACGAUAUUUUAUAAUUAUAGAUAAACCAAAGAAAGUUAACAUUCGAAAUUCCAAUUAAUGUGUUGAUCGAGAUUCUUCGAAGAGAAUCCUUGGAAUGUGUAUGCAUGUAAUUACAGAUAUCACCCCCUCUGAGGCCGGUUGCAUCAAGCCCGUUUAGCUUAAACGGUG